UCUCGAUCAGUCUUCCCGCAUCACGUUCCCUCGCGUCAGAUCUUAUAUUUCCCAUGAUGCCUUGUGUUCAUCAUGGCUGCGCUCUACGAUCCGGCACGCGUGUAAACACUCGUAAAUGUAGCGUUGAGAAUUCACGAAGAAACUAUUUAAAUGAAUCAUUUUGACCGCGCGGCGGCCUCCGACUACAUUUGAAGACAAACGACGAAGCCGAGAUGAAGAUCAAAUCCAAGUCUGCGCAUCAUAGAUCCGAGAACACCUACAGGUUUCUUACCUUUGCUGAGCGGCUUGCCAAUGUCAAGAUCAACGUCAUCCACCGGAUCGACAGAACCGGAUCCUAUGCAGAGGAAGUCGAAACCUAUUUCUUUGAAGGCCUGACAAAAUGGAAAGACCUCAACGUGACGGAAAAUUUCACUACAUUUUUGAAGGAGGUCUCCAACAAGUGUCAGUCGUUCAACAUGCUGGUUUUCCAUCAAAAGUCGAUCGUGGAGAGUCUGAAAACACACCUGGCAGUCACCAGCAGCCUGGCCUACCAACCUCUACUAGAUCUGGUGGUGCGGUUGGCCCGAGACCUGCAAACCGACUUCUACCCUCACUUCCCGGACUUCUUCACGCUGAUCACAGCAAUGCUGGACACCAAAGACACGGAGGUGCUGGAAUGGGUUUUUACAUGCCUUUCCUACCUGUACAAGUACUUGUGGAGGCUCAUGGUGAAAGACAUGGACAACAUCUACAGCCUGUACAGCAAAUUACUGGAGCACAAGAAGGAGCACAUCCGCAAGUUCGCAGCAGAGAGUUUUGCAUUUCUGAUGAGAAAGGUUUCCGAUCUGGAUGCCCUGCUGUCUCUCGUGUUCUCCGACCUGCAGCAGAAUCCCGACAAGGCAGAAGGCGCCGGCCAGUUGUUGUUUGAGAUGUGCAAAGGUGUCCGGCACAUGUUUCACUCCUGUGCGGCAACCGCACUCCCUGCUGCGCUACGGAAGAUGGGACCUGCAACCAACCAGGGAGCCCCUUUACCGUGGGACCUGGUGCGAGAUGCGUUGGAUCACACAGCCCAGGCUGCAGCCAAUCAUGUGGACAAAGAGCACUUCUUGGUUUUUUGGGAGUCCCUCCAGGGUGGUGUGGAUGAAGUUUUUGGUAUUUUGGAGGCCAAGGGAGAGGAGGCUGGCCCCGCAGGCGAGCAGCUGGAAAGGCUGCUGUUCGUCCUCCACACCUUGGUGUCUCACAAGGACGGCGCGAAGAUCACAAAGCCGGAGGCCGUCUGCCAGACCGCGUUGCGCCUCGUGCAGAGCGUGACGCUUUCCGCGCCCUGUUCACGGCUCCUCCUCCAAAUCUUUUCCUCCCUGCUGCUCGGGGAAAACAUCAGACUCCCUGAUGCUCUCGUCCAGCAGAUAGUCCACAAGGUGUUUGCCAGCUCAAUGGGAGAAGACCUCAUCCUGGAGUUCACCAAGGAGAUGUUUCCCAUGAAGCAGUUUGAGCAGCUCUUCCUCCCCACCCUCCUGCUCUUCACCGCCGGCUUGUUUGCCUGCGGCGAUCCCGUGUCGCGCCACCGUGCCCUCGAGGUGCUCGUCAACUUGAUCCUGGCCAAAGCGCCGCCGCCAAUGGAUGGCGCCAUGGCUUUUGAGACCUACCCACUGCUCUUCACGGGACAGACUACCGGCCUGUUCAGUCACCAAGAGAAACCAGAGCAGAGAGCAGUGCCUGAGCUGGUGCUGUCACUCAUUGCAUUACCUGAGCAGCAAAAUGGGCCCAUUGCAGAUCUGUCGCUACCUUGGAGUGCACUGGUGCUGCUGCCUCACCUCAGGCCUCUUGUUCCCGCUAAUGUCUUCCCCGCAGUCACUGCCUUUUUAAACCACCUACUGUGUGAAAUUGAGAUGGGAAAACUGGCAAAAGCUGGUUUGUUUGUUGCCACACAAGCCCUAAGCUGCCUCCUCACUCUGGACAGCUCAGCUGGGCCGCUCUCUUUGGUCCCUGUGGACAAAGUCACCGCCAUCCUACGGAAGUUCCCCACAGAGCUGUCAGCCCUGCUUUUCGGAGACCUCUAUUACACCCGCCUGUCCUUGAGUGGUGCUUCCGAGCACCUAUCUCAUGAUGCACUUUUAGACGUUUACCAGAUUCUGCACAGCAACGUGUCCUCUAACAUAUCCAAGAUGCGUCUGCUGACCCUGAGGAUCCUUUCGCACUUUGAGCCAAAGCUUCCUGCCCCAGAGGAGCCUGAUGAAAGCAUGGAGGCGCAGCCGGUGUUCGCCAUGUGCCUGCAGGCGGAGCUGGUGCCCGCCUCCCUUCAGGACUACCGGGAAAAGCUGCUGUACCUGCGCAAGCUGCGGCAUGACCUAGUCCAGCGCAGCUUGCCCCAGGGGCCACACUGCACCUUUCAGCAGGUCCCUCUGCGUUACCUCUUAGCUAUGCUGUUUGUCAACUUCAAGCCACUGUGGGACACUGUCAUUGAGCUACUUGGGAGCCACGCCAAGGGGAUGGACAACAAAGAGUUCUGGAUGGUGUAUCAUGAACAUCUUGAGAAGGUGGCAGUAUUAGCUGAAGAACAACUUCAGGAGGGUGGUGAUGACAGCGAUGAUGAAGUGGAAGACACGGAGAUCCAGACUGGGCCCGGUUGCGACGUCAUCGAAAGUGGCGACUUGGGGGUCCUGUUUCUCCAGCAACUCGGGUCGAGCUCAGACCCCAAUGAGAGGACGGACUUCUCCAACUUCCGCAGCCUGAUGUGGCGCGCCAUGGCCCAGUUUCCAGACAGGGUGGAGCCCCGUAGCCGGGAGCUAAGCCCCCUGCUGCUGAGGUUCAUCAGGAAUGAGUUUUACCCAGCUGACAUGCUGGUGGCACCGACUCAGGACCUGAGGAAAAAGAACGACCCUGGGUUCGAGGGCUCCAUAAUGACUGAGGAGGAGGGGGAGGAGCAGGAGGAAUUAGAAGAGGAGGAGAGGGAUAAACGGCAGAAGAAAGCGCCACCACGGCGAGCGGCUUCAAAACAGCUAAUCGCCCACCUGAAUGUUUUUGCCAAAUUCACCAACCCUCGCUCGCUUUACAUGGAGAGCAGCCUGAGAGAGCUCUACAACCAACUCCUCUGCCACCAGGACCAGCAAAUCCAGCGAGUGGCCCUCCAAUGUAUUCUUACGUACAAAGACCCCUACGCAGUCCCGUACAAGGAGAAUCUGGAGAAGCUGUUAGAUGACAAGCAUUUUAAAGAAGAAAUCGUCCAUUUUAACAUCUCAGAGGAGACGGGAGUUGUGGAUGCUUCACACAGAGCUGGCCUCAUUCCAUUACUCAUGAGGAUCCUGUUCGGCCGUCUGCGCAGUAAAGGCAGCAGUCGCUUCCAGAGCAAGGCCAGCGCCUCUACACGUUCAUCCAUCAUCCUGCGUUUUCUUGCUGGAUGUCAGAAGGUGGAGCUGGGCAUGUUCGUUGAUCUCCUGCUGGAGCCCGUCUCUCAUCACAGCGAAGGUUCCUGUGGGGACGCUGUGCAGAGAGCGGUGGCCGGGACGGACAUUGGCGCUGUGCUGCCGCUGGGUCGCCAGCACAGCCUCCUUAACAUCAUCAACGUGGUCAUCCAGAAGCUGGGCCACCUCAUCGAAGUCUACCUGCCCAAAGUGUUGCAGAUUCUUCUGUGCGUCACCGCCUCUGUGUCGGCCAUGCUGGAGAUCAGGGAACAGCUGCGGCCAGGUUGCAUCAAUCCUCUGAAGAACCUGAGGCGUCUCGGCAUCCUGAGAAUCCAGGACUUUUUCGAGAACUUUGACAGCUUCAGCUUCAGUGCCGAUCAGCUGGAUGGCGUCUUCAUGGCUGUUGUGUGGCCUCAGGUUCAUCGCCUCCCGACUGAAAGUCCAUACUCGCCCACACCGCUCCUGAAGCUCAUCCAUGUGUGGUGCAAACACCCCAGGUACUUCCCACUUCUGUCCAAGCAGCGGCCGGGCCACCCGGAGUGCGACGUUCUCCUGAACGUGUUUGCCCUCCUGUCCGCCAAGAACAUCUCACCAGCCACCAUCGCCGUCGUCAUGGACGUAGCCGAGGCCCUGGCAACCACGCAGGACUUUGUCGCCACGGAGACAGAGGCAGAGCUGAGUGUGGGCGGCAGUGUGUUCCCGCAGCCCGCCGAAGCCACGCUUGCUGCAGACUCAUGGACGCAGGGCUCCAGGCUCUUACUGCCUCACAUCACCACCGUGCUGCACUACCUCAGCGGCAUAGUCCGAAACACUGAUAGGCUGAAAAAGAAGAAAUUCCGCCCACAGGUGUCCAAGGAACUCAACAUCCUGUCCAAGAUCAGUCGGUUUGUUAGCGACAAAAAGCAGAGUUCAACGCUGAUUCGGCUUUUACUGCCUUAUCUAUUGAAAGGCAAAAACUCUGAGGAAACAGAACUUGACAUCCUGGCUACCAUACAGAACUUGCUGCAGCAGUGCGUGCAGCCCUCAGCUUUUCUGCAGCCGCUCGGCAAACUCUUCUCCGUCAUUCACAACAAGCUGCCCAGGAAGGCUCUCACCAGCGUCUUCCAGACGCUGUCAGACAUGGAUCCUUCGCUCAAAUACAUCACUGACAUGACCACAAAGCUCAACGCCUUCGACAGUCGCCACCUGGAUGAGGUUUACUUUGACGUCCGCCUGACAGCUUUCCAAGAGGCCACCAGGCGGAUAAGAGAGAUGAAAUCCCUUGAUCUUGACUACAUCGGCACCGUCAUACAAAACUGCUUCCACACUUACGAGAUCGGAGACAUGUCGCUGAGCGACAACGCCACCUUGUGCCUGUCAGCAAUAAUCGUCCAGCUGGCGGCGGUCGGCGCAGGGGAGAAGGUUUACCGGGACGUCAUCCAACACACCAUCUUGGACGCCAUACACAAGGGACUCCGGAGCAAGACGGAGAGCGUGCAGCACGAAUAUACCAACGUACUCGCCUGCCUGGUGAAGACCUUCCCGACGAAGAAAGAAUUCCGAGACAUGGUGCAGCUCACCGACUACAACGACCCAGAGUCGGACUUCUUCGAGCACAUGAAGCACAUUCAGAUCCACCGUCGGGGUCGAGCCCUGAGGAAGUUAGCCAAGCAGCUAACGGAGGGCACUGUGGUGUUGUCGCCGCGUUCGUUGCAGAAUUACAUCAUGCCUUACGCUUUGACGGCCCUGAUGGACGAGAAAAUGCUGCAGCGCGAGAACAUGACAACGGCGUGCGUGGACAUUGUGGCCGCCGUGUGUCGCCGGCUGACCUGGUCCAAGUACCUGUACUACCUGAAGCAUUUCGUUCACGUCCUGCAGACGUCGCAGGUCGAGCAGAAGCUCGCUGUGAGUUUGCUCGUCAAAGUCCUUGAGGCAUUCCACUUUGACCAUGAGACCCUCGCCCGAGAGAUGGAAGCUGCUAAAGCCAAAGAAGCUGCAAGUUCCGCGAUGGAUGUCGAGGAAGAGGCCGCAGCCGAACAAUCAGAGUCAAGUGACGAUGAGGAGGCCAUGGAGAUAGACGGCAAACCUUCUCUGCAAGCUGUCGCCGUGGAAACGCCAGAUGAAGAACAAGUUUCCUCCGAGAAAGCGACCGCCGCUAAAGCCAAGAAACCCCCGGCUCCCAAGCCCGUGGUGGUUUCCUGUGGUCUGCCGCAGAGUCAACAGGAGCUGGAAUCGCUCAUCAGCACCAUCCAGCAGAGCGUCACAAGCAGCGUGUUGCCUCGCCUUCAAAAAUGUCUCAACGCCAAAGUGAAACGUGACGAUGAGCACAAGGCAGUGAAAUCCAAGGAGGUGAAGGAAGAAGAAGUGGCGCGCAUCCCGAUAGCCUUCGCCAUGAUCAAACUCAUGCAAACUCUUCCUCCACACAUCAUGGAGGCCAACCUGCCAGGGAUCCUGAUCAAGGUGUGCGUGGUCCUGAGAAACCGAUUCCAGGAGGUUCGCGAAGUUGCCAGGGGAACGCUGGUGAAGAUCCUCGAGACGCUGGGCUGCCGUUACCUGCGGUACAUGCUGAAAGAGAUGCAGGGUAUCCUCGUGAAAGGCUACCAGGUCCACGUUCUGACAUUUACUGUGUACCAGCUGCUCUCGGCCCUCAGCCCAACUCUGAAAAGUGGUGACCUCGACCCAUGCAUGAGCAUGCUCAUCAACAUCUUCAACAACGAGCUUUUUGGCGUCGUCGCCGAGGAGAAAGAGGUGAAGGGCAUUGUCUCGAAACUGAUGGAGGCACGGCAUAGCAAGAGCAUGGACUCCUACCAGAUUCUGGCCCAGUUUUGCAGCAAGGAGAGCAUCACCAUGCUCGUUCUGCCGUUGAAGGAGAUUCUGGAGACCUCAAAGAGUCUGAAGGUGUGUAACCGCGUGGCCGCAGUUCUGCGGCGCCUGGUUCUGGGUCUGCUGGAAAAUACGGGCAUGGACUCCUCUGAUAUCCUCCUGCUGAGCCACGGUCUUAUCAGCCAGAGCCUGCCUCUGCUCACUAAGAAAGACAAGGACAAAGCUUCAGCAAAGCCUCCACCUGACCCCCGACUCCCCCCUCCUAGCUGCCUACUCCUGCCACCCACUCCAAAGAGGGGCGGUGUGAAAGCUCCCGUCAGCCGCCGAACCAACAUGCACAUCCUGGUGGAUGCGGGUCUUAAGCUGCUCCAUUUGAGUCUGAAGAAAGCCAAAGUGACAUCAUCCAUGGAGUCGGCCCUCGAGAUGUUAGACCCUUUUGUGCCGAUGCUGCUUGAAUGCCUCACCUCCAUGCACGUCAAGGUUAUCACGGAAGCUCUGGUAGCCUUCACGUGGGUGCUGAAGUUCCCUCUGCCUGCCGUGGCGGAGAAUGUCAAUCAGCUGACCAAGCAGCUCUUUGUCCUGCUUAAGGAUUACUCCAAGGCCGGAGCCGCCCGUGGAGAGAACUACGUCCUGGUCCAGAAUUGCUUUAAGACCAUCACCAUACUGGUGAAAAAUGUGAAGGACAGCAGGAUUUCCGAGCUCCAACUGCAGGUCCUGCUGGGAUACGCCGAGGAGGACAUCUAUGACCAGUCUCGACGGGCGACCGCCUUCGGCCUCCUGAAGGCAAUUCUGUCGCGGAAGCUCAUCGUUCCUGAGAUGCAGCCGCUGAUGAGGAAAGUAGCGAAGCUGUCGGUCAACGGAAGUAACUCCAUGAUCCGAGUGCACUGCAGACAGAUCUAUAUAAAGUACUUGCUGGACUACCCACUGGGGAAGAAACUGCAGGACCACUUGGACUUCAUUGUGGCCCAGCUGGCGUAUGAACACGACACGGGCAGGGAGUCUGCGCUGGAGAUGCUCGCUUACGUCUUCCAGACGUUCCCUCAGACUUUACUUCGGAGGUACAGCAACAUCUUCUUUGCACCGCUGGCCCUGGUGGUGGUCAACGAUGACUCGGCGCGCUGCAAGAAGAUGGCCGCCAUGGCCAUCAAGGACCUCCUGGCCAAGGUGGACGUCAACCAGCAGAAUUCUUUGUUCUCCCUCGUCAGCACUUGGCUGAAUGAAGAGAAGGUGAGCCUGAAGCGUCUGGGCGCUCAACUUAGCGGUUUGUUCGUGGAGGUGGAAGAGGAGAACUUUGCCAAACGCCUCGAUGGCCUGCUACCGCUGCUGGCAAAGGAGCUCAACCCCGACAACUACGAAGACAUUGAGGAGGAGGAGGAGGAGCGGGCAGCGGACAGGCUCCUGUUCACUUACCUCACUCUUGUCACCAAAUUGAUCAAACAUUGCGGCUUCCUGCAGCUCAGCAAACCUCCUGACACCCUCGCCCAUAUUUGGGGCCACAUCGAAGGCCAUUUGCGCCACCCUCAUUGCUGGGUGUGGCUGACCGCCUCGCAGCUCUUCGGCCAGCUCUUCGCUGCCCACCAGGCGGAGGAGCUGGUUGCGGCGUGGAGAGCGCAGGGAGGUGGGAAAUCACCCCCGAAUGUGGCCGCCGCUUUCAUCAUGAGCAAUCUGGACAAAAAGAUGAGAGAGCUGGCAUUAGCCUUCUGCCAUCAGCUGCAGUCCAGAUUCUUGGACACGGAGUCUGGCGAGCAGGUGAUCAAAAACCUCCUCUUUGUGGGCAAGAUCAUCUACUUGGUCUCCCCCGAGUCGAACAUCAUCACCCCUGAGGAGGAAAUGGAGGCGGAAGAGGAGGAUAAGGAGGAAGAGCAGGAUGAAGCGGACGACGUGAAGGACGACAAACCUCCGUCGCUGCUCUGGCUGAUCAAAAAGCUGUCACUGAUGGCCAAAAGGGAGGCGGCGCAUAAUCCCAAAGUUCCGCUGAAGAGAACCUGCGUUUUUAAAUUCUUGGGAGCAAUCGCAAUGGACCUCGGCAAGGAGCGACUCGGCCCCUAUUUGACCACCAUCAUCGCGCCGCUCUACAGAGAACUGGAGAGCACCUACGCAGAACAAGACCCAACACUGAAGAACCUGGCUCAGGAGCUGAUCGACCUGAUGAAGAAACAGAUGGGCCUGGAGACUUUCUCGCUGGCUUUCUCGGCGGUGCAGAAGCAGUUCGCAGUGAGGCGGACUGCGCGUAAGCGACAACGAGCCAUGCAGGCGGUGACCAACCCCGACAUCGCCGCUCAGAAGAAAGUCAAGAAGCACCUCAAUAAAAUCGAGGCCAAAAAGCGCAAGAUCGAGUUCCUGCGGCCUGGUUAUAAAGCCAAGAAGCACCGUAGCCACGCGCUCAAAGACCUGGCCAUGGUGCAGUGAGUCAGUCAAGGAACUCAUUUUGUCAAUAGAUAAAGCGGAAUCAUGUCAAUGGGUGAAGAGUCUCCUAGAGCCGCUUUUUUUUUUUUUUUGGUUUGUAUAGCAUUUUAUAAAUCGUCCCCAUAAAAAAGUAAAACACGAUUGUUACAAUCACCAAAAGUCUUUACUGGGAAUCAUUUUCACUGUACAAGCAGUUAUAAAUAUGCAGCCAUUCAAUUUGAAUCAAACUGUACUCUGCAAUCCAUGGGGGGGGGGCAUAAUUUUAACUAUGUCGACAAUAGAAAUGGUGGUGCGACGACAGGCAAAUCAAUUCACUCAUGUACAAAAAGAGAUUUAAAUAACACUCCGUGGUCCAUUAGUGUGUAAAGAAUCGGCUAUGCGGUGCCUCCUAGCAAAGUGUCAUCGCGUUUCUUGCUCGUUUGACACGCACAAGCCUUCUGAGGGUGAUGGGAGUGAAUGAAUCCGACCAAAGGCACCCAACUUUGAUUGAUUUGAAAGUAGGAAGUGUAACCUUGACCACCGCUGCCCUCUGAACAAUGCUUUUCACGCAGACAAUAGAAAACGAGGCCUCUGCUUUUCAGUCCCAGGUUUGGCCGGAGUACAUGGGAAGCGAGGUCAGUCACAAGGUUUUAUACAGAAGGAUAUUUACAAAAAAAAAGGGUCUGGGGGGGCACGUGUCAUCGUCGUCUUUUUUUUCCCCUCUGUUCUACUGCCGACUCUUCAGC